CCUGGGGCUCUUCCAGGCAGGGCUGUGUUCCCCAGGCCAGGAGCAUUGUCCUGGACAGUCAGGAGGCAUAGCCCCUGCCAGGUGGGACCACCCUGUGUAUGCAUGACCCUGACAGGCAGGCGCUGGGACAGUCAGGAGGCCAGGCCCGAGUGCCAGGCAUGGACGGGGACGCUGCUGCUGGGCACGUGCCUUCUGUACUGCGCCCGCUCCAGCAUGCCCAUCUGCACUGUCUCCAUGAGCCAGGACUUCGGCUGGAACAAGAAGGAGGCCGGCAUCGUGCUCAGCAGCUUCUUCUGGGGCUACUGCCUGACGCAGGUUGUGGGCGGCCAUCUCGGGGAUCGGAUUGGGGGUGAGAAGGUCAUCCUGCUAUCAGCCUCUGCCUGGGGCUCCAUCGUGGCCGUCACCCCACUGCUUGCCCACCUGAGCAGUGCCCACCUGGCCUUCAUGACCUUCUCACGCAUCCUCAUGGGCUUGCUCCAAGGGGUUUACUUCCCUGCCCUGACCAGCCUGCUGUCGCAGAAGGUGCGGGAGAGUGAGCGAGCCUUCACCUACAGCAUCGUGGGCGCCGGCUCCCAGUUUGGGACACUGCUGACGGGGGCAGUGGGCUCCCUGCUCCUGGAAUGGUACGGCUGGCAGAGCAUCUUCUAUUUCUCCGGCGGCCUCACCUUGCUUUGGGUGUGGUACGUGUACAGGUACCUGCUGAGUGAAAAAGAUCUCAUCCUGGCCUUGAGUGUCCUGGCCCAAGGCCUGCCGGUGUCCAGGCACAGCAGAGUCCCCUGGAGACGGCUCUUCCGGAAGCCUGCUGUCUGGGCAGCCGUCGUCUCCCAGCUCUCUGCAGCCUGCUCCUUCUUCAUCCUCCUCUCCUGGCUGCCCACCUUCUUCAAGGAGACCUUCCCUGAUGCCAAGGGCUGGAUCUUCAACGUGGUGCCUUGGUUGGUGGCGAUUCCGGCCAGUCUAUUCAGCGGGUUUCUCUCUGAUCAUCUCAUCAAUCAGGGUUACAGAGCCAUCACGGUGCGGAAGCUCAUGCAGGGCAUGGGCCUUGGCCUCUCCAGCGUCUUUGCUCUGUGCCUGGGCCACACCUCCAGCUUCUAUGAGUCUGUAGUCUUUGCAUCAGCCUCCAUCGGCCUCCAGACCUUCAACCACAGUGGCAUUUCUGUUAACAUCCAGGACUUGGCCCCGUCCUGCGCCGGCUUUCUGUUUGGUGUGGCCAACACAGCCGGGGCCUUGGCAGGUGAGGGGGCCUCCGUGCCUAGGACUUCCCCUGUCUCUGGGGUUUGA